AUGUCGUCCCUCACCGUCGAGCUCACAGCACCCAACGGCAAGAAGUACACCCAGCCUACCGGCCUCUUCAUCAACAACGAGUGGGUGCCCGGCAGUAAAGGCAACAAGAUUACCUCCAUCAACCCCACCGACGAGUCCGAAAUCACUGAAGUCCACGCCGCCGAGCCCGAAGAUGUCGACAAAGCUGUCGAAGCCGCUCGCGCCGCAUUCAAAGGCCCAUGGCGAGAGAUGCCUCCCACCGAACGGGGAGACCUGAUGUACAAGCUCUCCCAGCUUGUGGAAGCGAACAAAGAGCUACUGGCUACGAUCGAAACGUGGGAUAACGGCAAACCGUACAGUGUCGCGUUAAACGAGGACCUUGCCGAGGUUUCAGGGUGUUUGAAGUACUAUGCAGGCUACGCGGACAAGAUACAUGGACAGGUGAUCGACACGUCGACGGCGAAGCUGGCGUAUACGAUCCGUGAGCCGGUAGGAGUGUGCGGGCAGAUCAUCCCAUGGAAUUAUCCGCUUGGGAUGGCGGCGUGGAAGUUAGGACCUGCACUCGCUUGUGGAAAUACGGUUGUGAUCAAGGCGGCGGAGCAGACGCCGCUCUCUAUAUUAGUGCUUGCGAACUUGAUCAAGGACGCCGGGUUCCCACCUGGCGUAGUCAACGUGCUCAAUGGCUACGGCCGGGUAGCAGGCGCGGCGAUUGCAUCGCACUUGGGGAUCGACAAGGUGGCUUUCACUGGCUCAACAGCAACAGGUCGCGAAAUCAUGAAGAUGGCUAGUGUCAACAUGAAGAAUAUCACUUUAGAAACAGGAGGCAAGUCACCAUUGAUCGUGUUUGAGGAUGCGGAUAUGGAGCAGGCGGUCAAGUGGAGCCAUAUAGGCAUCAUGAGCAAUAUGGGCCAAAUCUGCACUGCCACUUCCCGCAUCCUUGUCCAAGACUCAAUCUACGACCAGUUCGUUGAAGCAUUCAAGAAGCAAGUCGAGAGCACCAGCAAAAUCGGCGACCCAUUCAGCGACGAGACGUUUCAGGGUCCGCAGGUUACGAAAGCGCAGUACGAGCGUGUGCUCGGCUACAUCGAGGCUGGCAAGUCCGAGGGCGCCACACUGGCGCUAGGCGGCGAAGCCUACAAGAAUGUUGGGCACGGUAAAGGCUUCUUCGUCACUCCCACCGUCUUCACGAACGUCAAAGCCUCCAUGCGAGUGUUCCGGGAAGAAGUCUUCGGGCCGUUUGUAGUGAUCGUGAGUUUCAAGACGGAAGAGGAGGCCUUGGAGAAGGCGAACGAUACCACGUACGGUCUCGGCUCCGCAAUCUUCACCAAGGACAUUGUAAAGGCGCAUCGCAUGGCGAGGAAGAUCGAGGCGGGAAUGGUAUGGAUCAACAGUUCGCAAGAUAGUGACUUCCGUAUCCCAUUUGGAGGCGUCAAGCAGUCGGGGAUUGGGCGUGAGUUGGGAGAGGCUGGAUUGGAGGCGUAUACGAACAAGAAGGCGGUGCAUGUUAAUCUUGGUACAUGGUUGUGA